CGAAUACUGAAAUGGACAUGAAAGUCUUGAGGGAGCUCGUCUCGAAUCGUAUAGCCCUGCUGAGAAACAUUCCUUGUAACAGCGGAUCAGGAAUUUAUGAGUCAGGUGACGGAAGCCGCCAUACAGGCUUGGCAAGGAUCUCUGGAAGAAAGACGGAGCGUGGAUAUUACUUGAAGCUGUCAGAGCCGCACGAGAAACAUGUCCUUCUAAACCGCACCACCAGCCAAAUGGGAGCUUCUGAAGCAAUGUCUAGCAAUUUCAUUAGACCGGACACUUGCCUGAGCUUUUUUCUCGGCGCCAGCACCGCACUCGUCCUCACUUUACCCGUUAUUUACUUUUUCGGAAGGAAUCAAUCUCCUCCAACGUCAUCCGUUACGCCCCUCUGUUCUACCGAGCUGGAUGAUGCUGCACGAAAAGGGGGUUGCGACGAAGAUGGAGAUGCUCUUUCAGGCUUCAUUGCACUGAAUGAGUCGGCAACGACUGAACUACGUACCAAGUUAAACUGGAAUCGAUCAGCCGAUCUCAGUAAAUUCUUUAUAAGAUGGGGUCGGAAGUACCCAUCAGACCGUCGCAAACUGGAGGAGGUAUGUGGUAGGAAGAGCCAAAGCUGUCGUGGCAGCAACACUCCAAAUACACGCCAAAUUCAAGAGGCUUUCUUAAUCCCAGCAGAGAUUCCGGUCAUUCUUCGGCCCCUUGCGCCUGAAGUCAAUACGCUUUUGCGGAAAUAUGGUUGUGAGCAGGAUUGCUUAUCCAGCAGCAACCAUGACGAUCAACUCGCAGUUCGUUUGGCUCUCUCGCGCGCUUUGCAAAAUGGAAAGGUGCUUUGGGGCCAUUUUUCACGGGCCGUCAUACAACUUGAUGAACGGAUUGUUGUCAAGCUUGGGCAUAAUUUGCUUCUAACGGACGCCGAUAUUACAGCCUAUAUUCAGAGUCUCUCGAAGGAUAUUCCAGUUCCUCAUCCCUUAGGAGCAAUUUCUAUCGGCAAGACAACCUACAUGUUCAUGACUUUUAUUGAAGGCUCAUCUUUGGAUAAGCUCUGGUCUUCCCUCUCUACGGAAGAAAAAUUUUCUAUCCGAGAUCAGUUAGAUGUUAUCCUAGAGAAACUUAGGAUGCUCCCUCUAUCUUCUCAUUGCCUUGGUGGUGGUAAUCCACCUUACUGCAUUGACUGCAGAAUGUGGAAGCGGGUAAGUCCACAACAGAUUGAGAACGAAGCUCAGUUCAACGAAUUCCUCAUCUCAGGUAACCACCCACCUACAAUGAGAGCCUAUGUUGAGUUUGUGCACUCUAUGCUACGCAAUGAUCACCGAAUUGUCAUGACACAUGGUGACUUGCAUCCACGGAAUAUAAUGGUUAGCAAGGAGCGAGAUCAAUCCGUUCGAGUGACCGGGCUUGUUGACUGGGAGCUAGGCGGAGUUUACCCGGAGUAUUGGGAGUUUCUAAAGUCUCUUAAUACAAUGCUACCUGUACGCAGGGGCGAUUGGGUCUUCUUUCUUCCACAUAAGGGCAUGGGGAUGUACUUUGCUGAGUUUGCUAUUGAUCAAUUCGUUGAGAAACUCGUGUCAUAGAUAGACCUUUUUGUAACUAUGCAAAACUUGCUAUUGGACUACCUUGGCACUUAACCACAUCUUUCCAAAGCUGUUGUCGGACCAAUUUAUCAAACCGUAGAUCGAAAACCUUUUCGAAAACCUUAUCCAAUUAGAAUUAUAAUUUUAGACAGAAGGAAGCAGGCAUUACGCACUCAUCACUCAUCACCUUCGAUCUCAACUUGAAAGAUCAUCUCCAGUUUGUGUUUAGCCUCACCAUGAUCAUAGUCCGUAAUGAUACUGUCAUCGAGUAAAGAUUCCAAAACAUCGAAGACCCACUGCUGGCAGCCCCAAUGGUAGGUUUCAUUAUCAACUGCC